AUGAACCACUGGUCCAACAAUCCUCAACGGUUUCGCGUAGGGGUUGAGAUUUUGAUUUUCACUCUCUUGACCAUUGGAUUGACCACUGAAAACCCCAUCGAGCUAGUGGCACGCAAUGAAGCUACACCAACCGGCCCAAAACCUGCAAUGGGGUGGAGCUCGGACUGGGCUUUAGGUUGUGAAAUCAUAACUGACGACGAGAUGUAUUGGGAGGGAGAGCAGAUGGCCCGCCGUGGUCUUGUCGAGGCCGGAUACACAACCCUCAUAUUCGAAUGUGCAUGGGAGAUAGGCUACGAAGACGAUUGGUCACCCAAGCUCUCAAAGGCGGCUUUCCCGAACGGUAUACACAGCUUUAUUCAAUGGAUUAAACCACUAGGAAUAAAUGUCGGAUUAGGUACAUGGGGAGGGUUAGUGGUUAUAGAAUUCUUCAAGUGUGUUUUCGCGUGUUGA